AUGUACCGAGAACGCAACAGUGAACUACCACCACAACCAACCACACAUGAUGCCAUUAAUGUCCUGGGAGAAUGGCAAGAGACUACUACAGGAGCACAAUUCCUACUAGCAGAUGAUGGCGACCACAACAAGAUCCUGGUAUUUGGUACUACAGGCAACCUCCACCAUCUAAGUAACGCUGACACAAUAUUUGGGGAUGGAACUUUUUACGCCAGUCCUGUACUUUUCACCCAGCUGUACGCACUGCAUGCACUCAUAAAGGACGAGAUGUACCCACUAAUAUUCGCCUUCCUACCUGACAAAUGCCAGAUCUCCUACCAACGCCUAUUCGAGAUCGUUAAGACAGCAGCAGCAAACAACAACACACAACUCAAUCCAACCACUAUAUUCCUCGACUUCGAGUCUUCAGCCCGUAACGCAGCAGAGACAGUCUUUCCACAAGCGUCGAUCAAAGGUUGUCUAUUCCCCUACUGCAAACGCAUAUGGAGAAAGGUACAGAAACUUAGACUAGCAGACCAGUACACCAACGACAACCUACUCAACCUACAUAUAAGACGAGCUUCAGCAUUGCCACUAGUCCCCAUCAACCAAGUAGAUGAUGUAUGGUUCCACGCAAUUGAAGACUAAGAGACCGAUGACGCAAAGAUCACCAAGUUCAACGACUACGUAACUGAGCAAUGGAUCGGGAUGAAGACAGCAAAAUGGAAUCACUACUCAACAAUUGGACGCAGAACAACAAACCAUUUAGAAGGAUGGCACCACAAACUCAACAACCAACUUCACAGGGCACACCCAAACCUCUACGUCAUCAUCGAAAAACUCGAGCACACUCAAGCAGCAAAUGAGAUCCGACUUAUCCAGUAUGCAGCUGGAGGCACUAGAAAGACAAGAAAGCUGAAAUACAGAAUCCUAGACUCCAGACUUCAGCGACAGAAACAACGACUCAUUCAAGGGGAAGUUGACAUCUACCAGUAUACAGACACAGUGUCACGCCUGCUGAAACUUCAAUGAACUGAUAUGACUCUAUAAUAUUCGAUUGAUAUAGUGCUUUGCUUAAUUCAAAUAUUUUAAAUAUGAAAUUUACUAUACAUUGUAACUUUUCUAUCAUGUAAAAUGAUUCAUAUUGC